UACCGAUUACAUUUUUAGCUAAUUACUAGAUGCUACCACAUUUUGACCCAAAAAAAGUUAUACCAUACAUAGGGGAGAAUAUAAACUAGAGGCAAUUGAAGUCAAUUUAUUGCAAGGCUUUAGAAAACAUUCCUUAUUUGAUUAUGAUAAGAAUUCUAUUUUUGGUCAAAUUAUGAUAAGAAUCAAAUGUAGCAAUCUCGAUAAUUUGUUAAACAUGCAUUAACGAGAUAACUUAUUUAACACGAUAUAUUUAUUAAAUGAGUCGAUGUUGGAUUGAGUAUUCUUGACACGUUUAUUAUCCUGACUUAUGGUAAGGAAUUUCAAUAAUUUGCCCUAAAAAACGAAAAUAAAUAUUAUUAUUUUGUUCUUUAAUAAAUUUUAGAACGUUGUUGUUUCGUUUUUUUUUUUUUUUGGUAUACUUGAAUAAGUUCCUAUGAUUUACCACGUGUGCGGUUCUUCUUACAUCAAACACUAUAAACAGUCUGAAAACUUCUCCAAGACACAGAACGAGUUGCUCCUUUUUCAUAACCCGAGUUCUCUCUCUCUGAUUCUAUCUUUCUACCACCUCACUGAAAGUCCUCUUGAAUUCCAUGGAGGUGCAAAUGGAUGAUCAGAAUGGGACAAUGUACACUUCUGAAGGAGGGGAAACAACUAUUGUUGAAGUUAGCACAAAUCAAGAACCAUAUGAGGGUAUGCUAUUUGAAUCAGAAGAUGCUGCCAGAGUAUUCUAUGAUGAUUAUGCCAGUCGCGUAGGAUUUUUGACCCGUGUUCUGUCAUCCCGGAAGUCUGAGCGUGAUGGGUCAAUAAUUUCUCGUGGACUUGGAUGUAGAGGGGUCUCUGAUAAUGGUAGAAAAGUAAUGCAGGAGUGUGCACAACGAGAAUUUUGCACAGCCAUGGUGUUGUUGAGGCAAGAGAAGCCUGGAAGUUGGGUUGUCAAGAAGUUUUUGAAGGACCAUAAUCAUCCGUUAGUGGUUCAAUCACAAAAGAGUCGCCGAACGCUUGAUGAGAAGGAUAAGAAAAUUCAGGAGUUAACUGCACAACUGCGAGUGAAGAAGCGGUUAAGUGCAGCAUAUAGAGAACAGCUACUUGCCUUUAUGAAGGAUGUUGAAGACCAUAACAAUCACCUAUCAAUAAAACUUCAAUCAGUCUUUGACAAUCUAAAAGUGCUUGAAGCUAAAACAGUAGGUUUUACAUGAUAGAUACUUUUCAGAAGUUGUGUGAGUAUAGUAAGUCAUUCAGUUGCCUUCAGUUCUAGUUAUGGCUUCAAUUUUGUUUCUCGAAUCGGAAAAUCUGGAUUGAGAUAAGUAGGAAAAUUAGGAUGCUUCUGAAUGCUGUCCUGCCUUUUACAAAGCAUUGAAAGUAAACGUAUAAGAUUGUGAUGGGGACAUGACCAAGUAGGGGUUGUGAGGAGAGCUGAUGAUUGAGCCAUGAGUAUGACAAAGGAGGCUCGUAUUAUGAACUUCUUUAAAUACCAGGAUCAAAGAAUUAAAUUUCCUGUUUUUCCUAAUUAAUUAGGAGAAAAUGGGGAGUUUUGUAGAAAUUGGUUGAACAAUGUAUUGACUUGAAAAGCCGCAUGGUUUUUUUUGUAGAAAGUAAACUGGAGCUUGAUGUUCUACGAUUUGAAUGUCAUGACUUAAAUCAUGGCAUGCCUAUUUUAUGAGUAGAUUGGCUUUUUGUUCAAUCUAGAGUUUGAUAUA